CAGCCUGAGCACGGAGCUCCUUCUCCCCGGCCCCCCGGAACCGUGGGUUCGGAUCCGCACCCCGCCCGCACCCCCCGCCAUGCACGGCCUCGGGCUCCUGCUGCUUGCUGCGCUGUGGCUACAGGAGGCCGCCCCCAGGGCCACUCUGCCCCACGUGGAGCAGUACGAGGUGGUGAGGCCCCGGCGCCUGCCAGCACCCCGCACCCGCCGAGCCCUGCCCUCCCACUCGGGCCUGUAUCCGGAGAGUGUGAGCUACGUCCUGGGGGCCCGAGGGCACACCUUCACCCUGCACCUUCGGAAGAACAGGGACCUGGUGGGCUCGGGCUACGUGGAGACCUACACGGCCGCCGAUGGCGCCCAGGUGACAGAGCAGCUGCCGAGGCAGGACCACUGCUUCUACCAGGGCAACGUGGAGGGGCACCAGGGCUCCGCUGCCAGCCUCAGCACCUGCGCCGGCCUCAGGGGCUUCUUCCAGGCCGGCUCCACCGUCCACCUGAUCGAGCCCCUGGAUGGGGGCGGGGAAGAGGGGCAACACGCGCUGUACCAGGCGCAGCACCUGCAACAGAAGGCCGGCACCUGCGGGGUCAACGACAGCAGCCUGGAGGCCGUCCUGGGGCCGCGGGUCUCGGCGGCCCUCAGGCCCCGGAACUGGCCAGUGCCCCGAGAGACCCGCUACGUGGAGCUGUUCGUGGUCACGGACAGCACAGAGUUCCAGCGGUUGGGGAGCAGAGAGGCUGUGCGCCAGCGGGUGCUGGAGGUGGUCAACCACGUGGACAAGCUUUAUCAGGAGCUCAAUUUCCGCGUGGUGCUUGUGGGCCUGGAGAUGUGGAACGGUGGGGACAAGAUUCACGUCAGCACCCAGGCCGACACCACACUGAGCAACUUCCUGUCCUGGCGGGUGCGAGACCUGGCGGGGCGGCACCUGCACGACAACGCGCAGUUCAUCACCGGGGUCAACUUCGCAGGGACCACCGUGGGACUGGCCAAGGUGUCCGCCAUGUGCUCCCAGGACUCGGGGGCUGUGAACCAGGACCACAGCCCGAGCCCCAUGGGCGUGGCGAGCACCAUGGCCCACGAGAUGGGCCACAACCUGGGCAUGGACCACGACGAGAACAUCCAGGACUGCUACUGCCCGGUGCCGCGGGCCGGCGGCGGCUGCGUGAUGGCAGCCAGCAUCGGCUCCAACUUCCCCAGAAAGUUCAGCCACUGCAGCCGGGCUGACCUGGAGACGUUCGUGGAGAAGGCCCGGACGGCCUGCCUGGUGGACAUGCCGGACCCCGCCCGGCUGGUGGGCGGCCCCGUGUGUGGGAACCAGUUCGUGGAGCGUGGGGAGCAGUGCGACUGCGGCGCCCCCCAGGAGUGUCAGAACCGCUGCUGCAAUGCCAGCACCUGCCUGCUGGCCAAGGGGGCCGAGUGUGCCCACGGCACCUGCUGCCACGAGUGCAGGGUGAAGCCGGCCGGAGAGCCGUGCCGCCCUGCAAAGGACCAGUGUGACCUCAGAGAGUACUGCGACGGCCGGCAGCCUGUGUGUCCCGAGGACGCCUUCUGGGAGAACGGCACGCCCUGCCCGGGGGGCUACUGCUACAACGGGGCCUGCCCCACGCUGGCCCAGAGGUGCCGGGACUUGUGGGGGCCAGGCGCUCGGGUUGCCACGGAGACGUGCUACAGCUACAGCAUCUCUGCAGGCUGCAGGAGCGGGAUCCCCCUGGACUUUGGCAGGGUCAACAGGUGUGGCACUCUGUUCUGUGAGUGGGGGCAGAAGCCCCCGGAGCGGAGUUCCUGCACCCUCACCUCCUCCUCGGGUGAUUGCCAGGCUCUUGUCCAGGACAGCAGCAGCGCGUACGAGCCAGUGCCAGAAGGCACCAAGUGUGGCAAGGAGCAGGUUUGCUGGAAAGGCUUCUGCCAGGACCUCCGUGUCUACAGAUCCAGAAACUGCUCUGCCCGGUGUAGCAACCACGGGGUGUGCAACCACAAGGACCAGUGCCACUGCCACCCGGGCUGGGCCCCGCCCUACUGCGCAGAGCUGCUGCCUAAAGUGCGCACAGCUUCCGGGAGCCUCCUGGUGGGCGUGCUGGUGCCUGUGGCGCUCCUGGUGCCUCUGGCGCUGACCCUGGCAGGCGUGGUCAUCUACCGCAAAGCCCGGACCCCCGUCCGAAGGAGGUGCGUGAGCUCUGGGCUUGCAGAGCGUCAGCGUGUGUGUGCAGAGAAUGUGGCAGCCAAGACGGCCAUGGGGCUCUCCAACCCCCUGUUCCACGAGGGGCACAGGACACCCGUGAAGGGCAGGGACCCGGCUCCCACCAGGGGGCCCCCAGAGCCGGGCCUUUCCUCCCACCCCAGCCAGCCCCCCAAACCCACGGCUUCCACGGUGACCCCUAAGUGGCCACCCCCUGCUCCUCCAGCCACUAUGUCCAGCCCACCGUCCCCAGUUCCUGUGUAUACCUGGCAGGCCCCGGGCCAGCUCAGACCUGCUCCUCCCACCAAGCCCCUCCCGGUGCUGAAGGCCAAGCAGGUCGUCAAGCCAACCUGCACUCCACCGAUGCCACCUGUCAAGCCCCGGGCCGGAGGGGCCCAGCCUGGACCCACUCAGGGAGUUGUUGGCCCAAAGGUUGCUCUGAAACCCCCCGACCAGAGGAGGUGAUGGGGCCUGAGCUCAAAGCACCCUGGGGGGCAUCUGUGCGCCUGUCUGGACGUUGCCUGUGGUCAUGUGACCUCGCCACCAGCACUGACAGACCAGCUGCCUGGCCCCAGGCCCUCCGUCCCCCUCCCUGAGGGCUGGGUCCACUGUGAAAAGUCCUAGCGGAAGAGCCAACUCCUCAUGGCCAAGGUCACUCUUCACCCCACGGUCACAGCCCAGGCCCUCUCCGCCCAGGACUCCGCGGUUGGGCCCUCGGCUGCUGUCCUGACCUCAGGAACGGGGGCCAGGCCAGUGCCUUCUCACCCACGUGUGCCUCCAGACUGCCACUGGUGUCUUGUCUGGGUCUCUGGAAACCUCAGAUGCACAUUCAGUAGGGCUGAAAACUUUAAUGAAAUUUUUGCAUUCUACAAUUAAAUUAUUGAUCAAAUUCUAAAUGACGGGAGAUCGGUGGAAAAUGUUGCAUGCGAAACAAUGUGGAAUUUAUAAGA